UAAUCCCUUCCCAUGCUCUCCACAGCUACUCUCGCUCUAGGGAUAUCGUGCGUUAUUGCUCUAGGUGUCGCUUCGGGUCUCAUUCGCAGACGUGUCUACCCUUUACCUCUGCCACCUGGCCCCCUUCCGAUACCAUUUUUGAGCAACGUGCUACAAUUGGAUACUAAACGACCUUGGCUCACAUAUACUGCGUGGGGAAAGACAUGGUUGUGCUUAAAAACGUUCUGUAAUCACUCUGGUCGCCCCGUUUUUCGCACCAACGAAUUGUAUGCAUUGCCGGUUUUCAUUCAAUUUGGUUUUCAUCCACUGAUGACGCAGAACUUGACUGGCUUUCCUUACUUCAAUGUUUCCAUAUGUCCUCAAGGCCGAAGUCUCGGUGUCAUACCAGGAGAUAUACUCUCGUCAUGCAAAUAGACUAGU